AUGGCGACAACCCAGAAGAUUCAGGUUGACCCCCAGCAAACGGGUCUCUGGAAGGUCAAGCAGACGGACGAGUCGGCCAAAAAGGCCUCUGAGCUCCUCCAACAUGAUCUCGAGACACACCAUGUCUUCUUCAACCAAAUGGGAUUUCAUAACCAUCUCGUCCAUCAGGUCCUAUCCCUCUUCGGCACAGGCGCUUCUUCCACCGUCCUACAGAAGGGCUACGACCACAAUACCAUCUACCAGCGUCCCACAGAGCCCCUCCACAGCGAUGUUGUCACGGACCUCCAGAACUGGGACCACGCCCAGCGCUAUCUCGGCCGAGAACAGCACUAUCCAGAUUUCCUGGCCUUCUUCCAGCGCGAGAUAGACGCCAGGGAGGGCAACGGGUGGCAGGCUGUGCUGUCCAAGUACGCGCUGGCGGGGACCGAGGCAGCGGACGACCUGCUGGUCCGGCUGUACGCAGGGUUCCUGCACCCGCUAAUCCAGCUCAUGUUCGGCAUGGAGUGGGCGCAGCCGGCGAUUGUGGCCGAGGCUCUGGCGCAGGCUUGUGUGCACCAGCCGAAUUUCAAAGAGGUCCUGCUGGAGGCUGAGAAGAGGGCUGAUGCGGCGUACGGGAAGAAAGGGGAGAAAGGACACAUGCCGCGCAUCGUGGCGCUGCUUGAGGAGGUGCGGGCGGACGCGAAGCUGCGGGACUCGGUGAGGAUGGCGGAUGAUAACAAGGUCCGGGAUGGGGUGCUCAAGAGGGCGCCCGAGGAGAUGACGAGGAUCAUCAGCAAGGUCAAGGUCAGGCCUGAGGACCUGGACGAGAGGACGGCUGAGAUGUUUGAUGCGAGCUUGUAUACAGCCGCGGCGGCCAGUUUCCAUGCGAACAAGGUUAACAAGUUUGACUUCUUCCUGAUCCAUCACGUCAACUCUGCCCCAAUCUUCCUGACCAUCAACGCUCAACCUUCGAUUCCAGUCGAGGUAAAAGCCCGCCUUCUCGAGUGGAAGAUCCGGUACGAUCUUAUCCAGUACGCUGCACGGGGCGUCCCUGAACUCUCGCUGGAUGACCUCAAGGCAUAUCAGCCCAAGAAGACUGAUAAGUCCUCGGUGGCAGACAUCAUGUCUCGACUGCACAACUUCGUUGAAGACGACGGACACGCCAUCAAGCUGGGGCGUGCGGCCGUCAUCUGCCAGGAGACAACAAAGAAGUACGAGGACCGGGAGUGGAUGGUGAUCAAGGGGGAUGACUUGUGGAUGAAAGUACAUCACCUAAUUGCUGACUCCGUGGAGGCGCCUGGGGAGACGUGGGUGCGGACGACAGGUCUCGAGGAGGCUUGGAGCGAUAUUCCGAACAAGUUCAAAUUGUAG